ACGUUCAGCGGCGGCGGCGAAACCGAGGCUAGCGGCGGCGGCGGCGGCGGUUAGGGCGAGGCUGCGCCUAGCUACCUAGGCCAGGACGGUGGUGCGCCUGCGUGCGUGCGUGGCCAUGGGACGCUUUCACUUCACGCGGGACCCCAUCCCCGAGUCCGUAGGGAGCGAUAUGCUGCACUUGAACCAGCUCAGCGCGGAGCAGUUUGCCACGCUGACCGAAGUGAUUUUCUACUUUUUGGUUCAACCCAAGGAGGUUGAAACAUUCCUGUCUAAGCUGUCUGAUUUUGCUGCCACCAAUCAAAUCAGCCUCGGGCCCUUAAGGAAUAUUGUGAAAAGCCUUCUCCUAGUGCCCAAUGGUGCCUUGAAGAAGAAUAUGACUGCUGAGCAGGUCAGAGCAGAUUUCAUUACUCUGGGGCUCAGUGAAGAGAAAGCCACUUAUUUUUCUGAGAAGUGGAAACAGAAAUCUCCCACACUUGCACGAUGGGCAGUAGGACAGACAUUGAUGAUCAACCAGCUUAUAGAUAUGGAAUGGAAAUUUGGAGUGACGUUGGGGAGCAGUGAACUACAGAAAGUGGGCAGUAUUUUUUUACAAUUGAAGUUGGUGGUUAAAAAAGGAAACCAGACUGAAAAUGUGUAUAUAGAGUUAACUCUGCCUCAGUUCUAUAACUUCCUGAGUGAGAUGGAACGUGUCCGAGCCAGCAUGGAGUGUUUCUGCUGAAGGUGAAGGAAGAAGGCUCAGAGGGAUAACUUGUUUGUCCUUGUGGCCUGCUCUGUAACAGCUCGAGGGCUGGGGUGUCCCCCAAAAAGGUUACAGUUCUGUACUAGGGAGCCCAAUACAGUUAUCACAUAAACUCAUGAUUCUUGAAAUAACCACUCAUCA